AUGGCUGGAAUACUCCUCGUCGUCCACAUCACCAGCCUUUUUUUUUUCUCGCUACUUGCUAAGCUUGCCCAUGGAGCAGCUUUGAUCCCAAGGGCAGACGCUGAUGCCUGGACUUACCUAGGAUGUUACACAGAUCAGGUGGGAGCAAGAACCCUUGGCCAGGUCGGGUACACCCUUGGUGGCCCUGGAAACAUGACCGUUGCCAACUGUCAAAACGGAUGCGCGUCCCAGGGAUACUCGCUUGCCGGAGUUGAGUACAGUAGCGAGUGCUGGUGUGAUAAUCAGCUACGGAACGGCGGCGGCCCUGCACCUGAUGGAGAGGCAAUGUGUUCAAUGCCUUGCAAUGGCAAUCCUGAGCAGAAAUGUGGAGGGCCAGGAAGGCUAAACCUGUAUCAAAAUACCGCCAUCAAGCCAACAGACACCAUGACAACCUCAGCUCCCUCGACAGAGACCGGGUCGUCGACAACUCCGUCUUUACCUGAGCCGACUCAGGGGCUGCCGGACGGCUGGCAGUAUUCCGGCUGCUACCAGGACAAUGUCAACGGAGGGCGUGUCAUGUUCAAGAUGUUGCCUGAUAGCUCAACACUCACGGCCGAAUCCUGUAUCACAAUGUGUGUCAAGUUGGGCUAUACUGUUGCAGGAGCCGAAUUCUCUAAACAAUGUUUCUGUGACAAUUAUCUUCGGAACGCUGCCCCGAAGGCAAUAGAAUCUGAGUGCUCCAUGACCUGCAGCGGCAAUACACAGCAGAAGUGCGGUGGCCCUAACCGAUUGAGUGUUUAUUCAAAGGGUAACCUGACCGUUCUCCCUAUCCCUGUGCCACAGACCGGCGGCCUACCAGGUGGUUGGAAGUAUCAGGGAUGCCUCCAGUAA